AUGUGUCUAGCACCGAAGGCCGCAUCAUCAUCGAUUACCACCGGAUCAUCAUCGCUGACCAUCGAGUCAGCUUCAGCCGCAAUACACGCUGGCUUUUCGGUUUACCUCCAUGGAACUAUUUUGGUUAUGCCGCACCAAAUUGGCUUGCCAGAACCAGUAUCUCUCAUCAGCGGCAAGCACGAGACCUUUACUCAAAUCGAACCAGCGUUGCCAACCCCAGGAGCGCCUCAACUUAUCAGCACCGAGUACGACGCAUCUGCGGCCCUCGGGCUCAGCCUCGUAGUCUCCUUGUGUGGUGUCGCGUCGGGCUUUGUCCAGACUGUUGUGAUGCUGAAGCAGACGGCUCUUUUCAAAGACCAAUUGAUUCAAGGGCUCAUCAAAACACUCUGGAUUCCUAAAUCAUCGGUAGCGUCGGGGAUUCUUAGACACAUGGAGACAACUCGGUGA